GGAAGAAGAUCGGCCAAAAACGGCCUUCGUGUUGUUUGAGGGCACGUGGCAGUGGGUUCGGUGUCCGAUGGGGAUUUGCAAUGCGCCUGCCACAUUUCAGCGAGCGAUGAACGUGACGUUCCAUAACUUCGUCAACAAGACACGGCUGACGCAGGGAAUGAUUAACUUUUGCGUGAUCGUGUACAUGGACGACAUCCUGGUCUAUUCAGAGACCUAUCACGGGCACGUGCAACACAUCAAAUGGACAUUGAGUGCAUUGAGAGACGCUGGGUUCAAGAUUGCGCUUGAGAAGAGUGAAAUUUUCCUCUCGAAAAUUUCGUUCCUGGGCUAUGUCGUGACACGUGGAGGAUUGCGGCCAGACUCGAGAAAAGUUGUGGCAGUGAGGGAAGCUUCGGUUCUCACGUCUCUGACGCAGGUUCGAGCCUUUUUGGGGCUGGCGUCGUACUAUCGGUGCUUCAUCAAGGGUUUUGCCACGAUUGCACGACCACUAACGAAUUUGUUACGAAAAGACCAGUCUCUCAGCUGGGACGCGGAGUGCCAGCAGGCCUUUGCAACCCUCAAGGACGCUCUGGCAACGGCCCCUAUUUUGAUCCGGCCGGACCCCUCGAAGCAGUUCAUCCUCAUCACGGACUGGCAACCGGAAGCUAUUUCCGCUAUUUUAGCCCAGAAGGGGAACGAUGGUCGAGAACACGUCAUCGAGUACGCGUCACGAACCGUACCGGACGAACGAAGAAACGACUUCGCACCUCAGGAGCUUUCACUGUGCUUGGUCGAAGUACGGCUGACGUGGAUCGAGGACGAAGCACACCCGCCUUGCAUAGAGCGGCUGGAGUUGCUGUUUAUCCAAGCCUGGCGCACCAACGUGGAGGGAGAGUUCCUCGCAUUCUUAUUCGGUGCAGUACGGCCCGACCAUCAGGAACUUAUCACGCAAGAGCUCACGAUCCUGGUAGCGCAACUGGUGGACGACCUCCCUCUUGACAUCAUCUCGCAAGACGACAAGCAUCCAGUUCCCCAUAAGGAGCCGCGACAACAUUUGGAUCCCCGGGCGAUUCGUGACCCUGCCUUCUUCAGGCAGCCUACGGCGGAGCAACUUACGGCCAUCCAAGAGGAGAAAGAGGAGGAAGAAAGCACUAAGAGUGAUGACGGGGAAGAUGAGCGGGAAGAAAGUGAGGAAGGCGACGAAGUACUCGGGGAAGAAGACGAAACCCCCGAAGAAGGAAGCUAUAGCGAGCAUGGCGAGGGGGAGCAGAGCGAAAAAGAGGAAGAAGACGAAGAAGGAGAAGAAGGGCACGAAGAAGAAUCUGCUGGACCAGAGUGGGAAGCCGUGCCGGAAGAAGCGUUGCGCACAGGUACAGAGGCAGAAGAUCCCGAGGCGGCCCCUAAAAGGGAAGAGAUCGCGGCCGAGAAGACGGAGUUAGAACUCACAGGCGCGGGUGGCGCUGGUGUGUGACGUUUAUCAACUUUCAGCGCCUUCUUUUUUAAUAUUUAUCCCGUUCUUCCAGCUGCUCUUGAUGUGAAUGUGGUCAAUGUAAUCAAUGAUGCCACAUGUG